CUCUCCGUUUUUUUGCGCCUGUCCCCGCCUCUCCUUGUGCUCACACGCCCUUUUGUAGAAAGCUUGUCAGGCGCGGGGUCAUUGUAGUCGUCGCGCACAUCUCCCAGCUCUCCCUUCGCGUUCUCUCUCUUCCUCUGUGAUUUUUCUCCACGCCCUCAGGCGUUUAGCUCACAGCCGCGCCGAACGCGUAAAGAGGACUGCAGGUCCCGUUUGCGUGCUCACCGACGACGUAAACGCGUAAAACAGACGGUCUUUGAGGCUUUUCUCAAACUUCAGCUUGCACCGCACGCGCACCCACCGACAAACACACCGUUUCUCACCAUGUCAGGCGAAGACGCGCCCGCGCAGCAGCAGAACGCCGAAGAGCAAAAACCGCAGCAGCAGCAACAGGAUGGCGAGUCCAAAAGCGAGUCUCCAAAAACCGAGAACAAACCGGAGGCAACGCCCGAUGAACCUGCCGCCGCUGCUACUGCUGCUGCUGCUUCAGGCGAGGCGGCUGAGGCUGCGCCCGCCGAGAAACCCGCCGAGGAGGACACGUUCAGCUACCGUGCGCUCGUGCUCACAGGCUACGGCGGCUACGACAAAGUGAAGCUGCAGGUGAAGAAAGGAAAGCCGGCGCUAAAGAGCGGAGAAGUGAUGGUGCGCGUCAAGGCGUGCGGCCUCAACUUCGCCGACCUCAUGGCACGCCAGGGGCUCUACGACCGUCUCCCGUCUCCACCGGUGUCACCGGGAAUGGAGUGCUCGGGAAUCAUCGAGGCCAUCGGUGAAGAUGUGACGGACAGAAAAGUGGGUGAUAAGGUGCUGGUUCUGAACCGCUGUGGUCUGUGGCAGGAAGUGGCCGUGGUCCCCAGCUCGCACACCUUCCCCAUGCCUGAGGCCAUGAGCUUUGAGGAGGCGGCAGCUCUGCCAGUCAACUACAUCACUGCUUACAUGAUGCUGUUUGACUUCGGCCACCUGCGUCCCAACCAGAGUGUGCUUGUCCACAUGGCUGCAGGAGGGGUGGGAAUUGCUGCUACUCAGCUCUGUAAGACGGUGAAGGAUGUCACCAUCUUUGGAACCGCCUCUGCCAGUAAGCAUGAGGUCAUCAGCGAAGGAGGAGUCACGCACCCCAUUGACUACCGCACGCGGGACUACGUAGAGGAGGUCCGCAAGAUCAACCCCAAAGGCGUGGACAUUGUCCUGGAUCCCCUGGGUGGUUCUGACACCCAUAAGGGCUACAACCUGCUGAAGCCAAUGGGCAAACUCAUCAGCUACGGUGCCGCUAACAUGCUGGCUGGUCAGAAGAAGAACCUGUUUGCCGUGGCUAAAACCUGGUACCAGCAGUUCUCCGUUCACACCUUGAGUUUGUGCCAGAAUAACCGCGCAGUCUGUGGCUUCCACCUUGGCUAUCUGGAGUCAGAGCUCGUCACCGACGUGAUGAAUGAUCUGCUGGGGCUGUACCUGCAGGGCAAGAUCAAACCCCGCAUUGACUCUACCUACCACCUUGAGCAGGUUGGUGAUGCCAUGCGUAGGAUGCAGGAGCGGGGCAACAUCGGCAAAAUCAUCCUCACCACUGAGCCCAUGAAGGAGGAGCCCAAAAAGGAGGAGUCCAAGAAAGACGAGAAGGAGGACAAGAAGAAAGAGGACAAGAAGAAGGAAGACAAAAAGAAGGAAGACAAGAAAAAGGAUGAGGCCAAGAAAGAGGAAAAGAAGAAAGAAGAGACCAAGAAGGACGAGAAGAAGGCUGACGAGAAGAAGGCUGACAAGGCUGACGAGAAGAAGGCUGACGAGAAGAAGGCUGACAAGGCUGACGAGAAGAAGGCUGACGAGAAGAAGGCUGAGGAAAAGAAUGAAGAGGCCAAGAAAGAGGAGAAUUGAGUCAGGCAGAAGCUAGGCAGGAAAUAGGUGGCUGUGAAUUGUUUGUCUUGGGAGUAGGGUGUGUGUGUCUCUGUGUGUGUGUGUGUGUGUGUGUGUGUGUGUAUGUCUGUGUGUGUUGGGAAGUACAGUGCAGUCCAGCUCUCGGCUCAACCCCAGGCAGUUACUCUGGCCUUAAAUCAUCAUCCUGCACUAAAAUCUGUAACAGUUUAUCCAGCCUUAUGUAAGUUGAGAACGCAAACUGCUCACUAAUUGUGUGCACGUACACAAGUACACAUGUAACAGGGAUGUACCACUCUAUUUUUGCCUCUAUUUUUCUUGUUUUACCUUUCCUAUAUUCAUGCACUUUUGUGUUUUUACUAAUCUUUAACGCCAUGCCUUUUAGGGUAUGCUGGAUCAGUAUUACACUGCCAAAUCCAUUACUCCAUCACCAUUCUGCUCUUCAGCCUUUCAACUGCGUUACACUACUAAUAAUUCAAGAAUUCUUUCUCUACCUUUUCAAAUUUGGCUUAAUUGUACUCAAUGUUUUUUGGGUCUUAUGGGUAACUAUCAGGGUUGAGUCCUGUUGCCAUGACUACAGUGUUUCAUAUGUGUCCUGUCUCCUUAUCCCAAACCCCUACACUCAUCUGUUCUCCUUUUUGUGAUAAUGGUUUUUUUUUUUUUUUUUUUUUUUUUUUUUUUUAUUGGACCAGACUUUUUGAUGGAGAAGUCGAUCACUGAGCCCCACCCACAUCAUUCACAAAGGCACUAUGGAGGAGUCAGUGUGGUUUGCUCAAAAAUUCAUAUGUAUCUAUUAAAGCUUGAAAAAAGUCUCCUAAUUAUAAAUUCUUUAAAAAACUUAUAGAUGAAUCUUUCGAUUCUGUUUUAUUUUAAUUGUCAUUCCAGGUUUGUAUGAAAAAUGCAGGUAUUUGUGUGUCAAUGAAAGGAAAAGAAGCUGUGCUACAAAAAAAUGCAUUUCAUGGCAAAUGUUACACACCGAAACAUAAGAACGUGCCAUUAUAGGGCUUUAUAUGGUGUUCUAUUCUGACAAAGAUGCUGCGGUCUUGGUUGUUGUGGCUUCCUCGUGUUUACAGUCACAAUCUCUAUCAAACUGUACACAAAUGAAAUCCUUAAUCUGUCCUAAAACAUGCUGCCUGCAAGGAUCUUAAUGAACUCUGCUACAUAGCAGCUGUAUGAAAUGUCUCCCUCUACACAGGUAUGCAGACGUACACACAUUCCCAGGUUAUUGUAUUAAAGUAGAGUUGCUGAAACACUGAGUUUAAGAGAAUCCUGGAAUGCUGUUUUAUUCCAGAGUAUCCUCCUGGAUUCCACAUUAUCUGGAGCAUUCCACUCCAAUCCUUAUGACCGCUGGCCUGUUUCCAGAGUAAUCAUUGUUUUUCUGAUUCUCUGGCUUUCCUUUCUCUGUCUCUUUCUAUCUCACACGCUUGCAUUUUUCACCAUCACUAGUUGGCAUAGCAACAGGCAGUUGGCCAGCAAGCGAUGACAUGUUUGCCCCCACCCACCAAUUCCAAUCACUCCCUCAUUUAUAUACACGCUUUUUUUUUCUCCAGCUUUUGUUCAAUUAAAUAUUGUUCAAAAAUCUUUCUAUAUGCUGAUUUGACAUCCAUUCAUGCUGCUAUGUCGCAGGGUGUAACCUGGCAACCUUCCAACUGUGAAAGCCAUCAGUCAAGCCCACUGACUCCUCCCUCAGCUAAAUUUAGGCAUCUGUAGUGCUCUUCUGCCUCUUGUGGUGAAAUAGAUGCAUUGCAGCAAUGUUAUUUCUGUCCCUCUGUCACCGGGUCUGGUUUUUGUUUGUUUGGUGUGUGAACUUCAGUGUGUUUGUGUACAGAUGUGGUUGAAAGGUUGUGUGGAUGUAUGUCUCUGUCCUCAGGUCAGUUGUCAGAUGAAAAUGUGGUUUGUUUUUUUCUUUUUUUUUUGUUGGGUUUUUUCUGUCUCUACCUCCCUUAUGCUAUGAGCUAGCCUCCCCUUGCAGUUUUAACUCUAACAAACAUAACUUGUAAGCACCCUCCUCUCUUGUAAAUGGCCUGUGUUUGGUAUUAUUUGCACUCUGCUUGUGAAUCUUGAUGCACUUCUAGAGAUGGCAGUCCCAUUCCCAGCCCCACUGUUCCUCAGUAGUCCUCUCCAGUACUUCUUGAUGUUGGCAUACACACUCUGCUCUCUUGCACAAACAUCUGCAUGUACUUAUUUUGUCUGAUACAAACACACAAGUCACAAAUAGUUAGAAAUAAAAUGACAGAAAUUCAUCUCAACCAGUUUGUUUAAUCACUGAAAGCUUGUCCAUCCAUCCAUGGAGGAGGUUACCCAGAAUGCACUGGGAAGGGGGUGGCACUGCCAUCCUUACCCUAAAGAGUGACAGUGUUCUGACACAAGACCGGCAAUUGGAUUCUGAUGUGAGUUCGGUUUCGGGAUAUUUCUAGUUAAUGUUGUGUGGUGGUUUUUUUUUUUUUUUUUUUUUUUUUUUUGUUUGGUUUAUCUCUGGAUUUCCCCCAUUGUUAUUGUGAAAAGUGCUUCAGUUCCAAAGCACCACAUGACCCAUGACUAACACUCCAACGAAGGAUGUCCAACCUCAUUCUUAUUUCCGUUGUUUUUUUUUGUUUUUUUUGCAUUUUGUUUUUCUGUUGUUGCUGUAUAGUCCAAUUAUUCAUUUUGAGUGGUUCUAAGUUGAAGAGGCUUUGCUGCACUUUUGUUCAAAUGUGAGGAAUGACGUUGUGUUGAUCCUGAAUAAGUGUGCCAAACUGUGCUUGAGGCUCUUGCCUUUACUCCAGCUAUCCUUACUACACCGAGCGACAAAAGAGAAGGAACGACGAAAAACGUUGCCGGUUACUUUUAACCCGACUGGCAAUUUAAAAGAAAAAAAAAAUCUCAAACUGAUGUCGUACCUGUCGUGUGUGGUUGAUCGCAUCGCAGAAAUUUACUGGUGCUUAAGAACUCCUGGCUUUUUCGCUAAUCCAUGCAAACGCUGUUUAGGUCUCACUGUGCCGACCACUAACAAACACUGGGAUACCUCCGUGCGCACACACACACACACACACCCACUGCCCUCUCUGGCACACCAGCCAGCUCUGCUCAGAUGGGCUGAUCUGUCCGCUAAUGCUAAAAAUGUUAGUGUUUACAACUCAAAAGAUCAGGCAGUGCAGAACUGGAGAUAAGACGUAACAUGUUAAGAUCGAGCAAAAAAUGCUAGUCCAACUGAUGUGGGGGGGAAUAGCAGUGUAAUAUUUUUUUUGUUUGUUUAUACAUACAACUGCACUGUUUGGACUGGAUUCUAGUAGACCCCAAGUUCAGCCCGGAUCUUCCGUCUCAUUCUUUAAGCAGCAAUUUUCUGGUUCUAUAAAAUCUCAGCUAUUCUGCAGUUCACUUAGAAGCUCAGUCCCAGCAGCAUUUACAUCUGCUUUAUGACUGCAUGCAUUUCCUGGUAUAAGGUUUUUACAUUAGCACGCAGUUCACAUUUUAGCACAUGUCCCAAGAUGAGCUUAGCUGCAGGUGUGCAUGUCUCUUGUGGAUAUGGAGUUUAGCUGUGUGAGCGGCCGAGGUUCAGACGGAGCUGCACUGCUUCCUCUCUCUAUUUCACAACCACUGUAACUUUCCCAAAACUCCCUUCAAGACCUUGUUCAGCUUUUCAGAACAGCAUUCGAGUGUGCAAGUCAAGUUUUUUUUCCUAUUUAAACUGCAAAACCGACAAAUCGAUAAGCGUAUAUUUAGCAUUUUUAGAUAAGAGUAGAUGUGCUGGUUGACAGGGUACUUACCAAGUGAUAAAUUUAGGAUUUGGUCUUAUAAAUCGUACGACUUUUUUCCACCUUAGAUGUGGUGCUUAUUAUUACAGCGAUAUAUUUGUAAGAACCAAGAUUUCUAUCUAGAUUCGUUAGGCAUUUGUAUAUCAGGACCCCAAAGAUUACCAUGCCAUGACUCACCACUGCAGUUGCUAAAUAGCUUCAAACAACAAUCGCUCUCCUCUCGAGCUGUAUUUGUCUUAAUAACUCUUUCUUCCACACACGUCAGAUGCGACAGGCUGUCUACUUUGUUUUUCUCAGACUCCCUCCAUCAGUGUUCUCUCCAAUGUAUUUGAGACCCUGUGAAGGGCCGCUGCUUCUGUGCUUGACUCUGGGUUGGAUCACGUGUGACUCACACAAGUGGUCAAGAGGACCGUAGAGCUCGUUUAACGCUUCUGUGUGUGAUGUUACCAUUAUGCCUUACAUGUUUUCCAGGACUAAUAAAAGAGCAUAACAAAAAAAA